AUGAAAUUUUUAAAUUUAAUUUUGGUAGUAUUUUUACUAUCUUUCAAUGUUAUUAAAACCCAUGCAAAUGAUAAUAAUGUAGAUUUGCAAUAUGGUAUCGACCUUCCAUUGACAAUUCAACAAAGAUACGAUGUAGAAUUCGAACAAAUUAAAAAUGGUUAUGCCACCAUUAAGCCAUCUGUAGGACACUACCAAAGAAAUCCAUUGUCAAAAAAUGUAGAUUUGGAAAUGCAAGGUAAUUUCUAUCAAAUCAAUGCAAAUGUAUAUAUUGGUGGUCAAAAGUUCAUUUUACAAGUCGAUACUGGUAGUACUUUAACUGCUAUUCCAUUAAAAAACUGUAAUAAUUGUAGAGGUGAAAGACCAGUUUAUAAUCCAGAAAUCUCCAAUUCAUCCAUUUUAAUUCCAUGUUCAUCAGACCAUUGUUUAGGAUCAGGAUCAGCUGCACCAUCAUGCAGAUUACACCAAAGCUCAAAAUCAUCAUGUGACUUUGUUAUUUUAUAUGGUGACGGUUCAAAAGUUAGAGGUAAAAUAUAUAGUGAUGAAAUUACAAUGAAUGGUGUAAAAAGUAUUGGUUUCUUUGGUGCCAAUGUAGAAGAAGUUGGUACAUUCGAAUAUCCAAGAGCUGAUGGUAUUAUGGGUUUAGGCAGAACUGGAAACAAUAAAAAUCUUGUUCCAACUAUAUUCGAAUCAAUGGUUAGAGCAAACAGUUCAAUGAAAAAUGUUUUCGGUAUUUAUUUAGAUUAUCAAGGCCAAGGUCACCUUUCAUUGGGUAGAAUUAAUCCAAACUUUUAUGUCGGUGAAAUUGAAUAUACACCAGUUGUACAAAACGGACCAUUCUAUUCAAUCAAACCAACUUCAUUCCGUAUUUCCAACACAAGCUUCCUCGCCAGUAGUUUAGGUCAAGUUAUUGUAGAUAGUGGUACAAGUGACAUCAUUUUAUCAGGUAAAAUCUACGACCAUUUAAUCGCCUUCUUUAGAAGACACUACUGUCACAUCGACAUGGUAUGUGAUCCAAUUUCAAUUUUCACAGGAAGAGCAUGCUUCGAAAGGGAAGAAGAUUUCGAAUCUUUCCCAUGGUUACAUUUUGGUUUCUCUGGUGGUGUUAGAAUUGCAAUUCCACCAAAGAAUUAUAUGAUCAAGACUCAAUCAACUCAACCAGGUGUAUAUGGAUAUUGUUGGGGUAUCGAUCGUGGUGAAGAUAUGACCAUUCUUGGUGAUGUAUUUAUGCGUGGUUACUAUACAAUUUUCGACAACGAAGAGAACAGAGUAGGAUUUGCCAUCGGUAAAAAUUCUAAAGAAAAUGUAGGUGAUAUAGAUAAUACAGAUCAAUUCGAUAAAGGAUUUUAUAAUUCACUCGAUGGUGAUGAAAACGGUGCUGCCAAUAGUAAUAUUGGUGGUUCGAUAUCAUCAAUAUUAUUAAUAAUUUUAGUUUUAAAUUUAUUAUUAAUAGUUUAA